AUGAAAAAGCCAACUUCUCCUAAGGAUCAGAACAAGCUAUUUCAGAGCUAUCAACCUCCUCCUCCUUCUUUUUCUCCCCCUCAGUAUUUCCCACAACCAGGUGGUGCAGGCUAUGCUCAAGCACCUCAAGGAUACCCCGUGGCGUCGAAAAAGCGACUUGCUCAUGGAGUUAAAACCGGUGAGAAGUCCAGGGAUGAACAGUUGCUCGCUGAGACGGCAGGACUACGACGACGUGUACGCCGAGACACUGAAGCGGCUUUUGAUCCCAAAUGUAACUCGGAGCUCCUGAAGGAGAUCAUUCUAGAGAACAUGGAUGCGACAACGGCAGUAGCCAAGCGUCAAAUUCAAGAAGCCGCUACCACCCGGCUAGGAGGAAGAAUUGAUGUCGUCUGCUCAACGGGAACCUUUUCCUAUAUCGUAAAUACGGAACUGUACUGUGAAACGGAGAAGAACGGCACUACGUGCUUUGCAUUCCGGCAAUCAUCAUAA